CAGACCUUCAAAUAACCAUUGACCAUGAAGUUGAUUAUUACAAUUCUUAUCGUGGGAUUUGCCGCCCUCGCCGCAGGCUCCUGUUCCAGCGAACCCGGUGUCCCCUCGCCGCCUUGUCCUCAGAACUAUUUGUUCAGCUGCCAACCGAAUCUGGUGCCAGUGCCGUGUAGUGCUCCACCUGCAGCAGCUCCAGCUGCCAGCUAUGGAUCCUCCGGAGCCUACAGCGAACCGAAUCCUCACUACGCUUACAUUCCCGAACAUCUACGAGAAUAUUAUUACCAAUAGAUAGAUAAAUCAAUCUACUAUCAUCGAUGACGACCCCACGCAUAUGGAUUAUAUCACUUUUCUUAUACAUAAAUCAUUUAUAUUUAUUAUACACAAUAUUAAUUGUAUCUCUUGUACUAUGACUUGACUAACUUAGGUAGGUGAUGACACAAUAUGAAAUAGGAAUGUUAUAUAAAUACAUAUAUAGGCAAAUACAUUAUCAGCUAAAUUUCA